AUGUUAAGAGUUCUUUUUAUGAUUAAAGUGCUUACAUUCUAUGAUAUUAUAGAGAAAUUUACUGAAUCAGUUCAAUUCUCCCCUAAAUAUAAUUUAUGCAUUAAAUUAGCAACUCUUUUAGUAGAAGUUAUCAUAUUGUGUCACCUAUUCGCUUGUAUUUGGUAUUCGCUUGGGUAUUAUUAAGAAAGUUAUGGAAUUUAUUAAAAUUGGCUUCGUUCUUAAAAUUUAUAAGAUCAGUUGGUUAGGACAAAGUAUAUCUCGUCAUUAUACUUCUCAGUAAUCACUAUAGGCACUAUUGGUUAUGGAGAUAUUCUUCCCUAAAAUGAAAUUGAAAGAGGCGUCUUAGCAUGUAUGGCAAUUAUGGCUUGCGGAAUAUUCGCAUAUAUUUUGAGUAAUAUCUAAAACGUAUAUCGAAAAUACAAUUAAAAGCAAAAAGCUUAUAUCAAAAGCUUAACUGAUUUGAAUAACUUUAUGACAAACAGAUCCGUAAAUCCUAUUUUGUAGUAAAUGGCUCGUAAAUAUCUGAAAUACAUUCACGAUCAAAACUUUAGGAAGGGAGAAGUUCCAUGUGAAUCCUUGAAUGUAUUGAGCAAACAUUUGAGAGAAGAAAUUACAUCUGAAAUAUUUAAUAAAACUAUAAACUAAAUAAAAUUCUUUAAACAAUUUAGUUAACAGUUCAAAUAAUAGCUUGCUCAAAGAAUGACUGAAUAUACUUAUGGUCCAGAUGAAAUAAUUUUUAAAAUGAAUUCAUAGCAAGAACCUCAAAUAAUAUUUAUACUUAAAGGGAGUAUUGAAAUAUCAAUAGAUUAAGGAAAGUAUUUUAAAUAUAAUAAGGAAAAGCAGAAAGAGCCUUUCCAUGUCUGCAAACCUAAUUAGACUUUAGGCGAAUAUGAAUUUGUCUCUCAAUCAUAAGUAUCUUCUUUUAACGCUAGAAGUAUAGGGAUAACUACUACUCAUUAGUUAAAAUUAUCAGAAUUUUUGGAAAUAUUGAAAUAGUAUUCUAAUGAUAGAGAGACAUAUUAACAGUUAAAAGAUUCUAUAAAUUUAUAUGAAAGAUACUCAAUUUGUAACAUUAAUUGCUACUCUUGUAAAAGUAGUAAACAUCUUACAAAUGAAUGUCCUAUCUUUUUCUAUAAACCUAACAAAUAGAGAAUAAUUAAUUUGGAAAGUAGAGAUCAAGAAGAUUACAUCAAAAAUUUUCAUAGGUCAAAGAAUAGAUUGAAAUUUUCUUCUUUGCUUUAUUAAAAUGGAAUUGCCAUAACAAGUUUAGCUUUUUAAUAAGAAAAUUAAGAUGAAAUGUGUUUUUUUACUUCCAUGAAAUCUUUAGAAGAUUAUUAAGAUGAUAAAAAAAACUUUCUGUAAUAAACUAAAUCUUAAAAGCUUAUUUCAAAUUGUGAUGAAGGAGCACUUGAAAACAUCUCAAGUCAGGAAAUUCUGGCACCAAAAAGGGAUUAAGAUUUUAAAAUCUAAACAGAAACUUCUACUAGCUAACUAAACCUCAAAGAUAAUCUAAGCGAAAUCAAAAUAAGUUUUUUAGAAUUGCAACAAGUUGAUAAAUCAUAAAAUAAAAGCUAAUUUAUGUCCAUACAUAAGAAAUUCAAAGAUAUUGAUGAAAAUAUUAAGUUAUAUAGUUCAAAUAAAUUAGAUGAAGAAAAAAGUGAUAUAACCUUAAAACUUUUUGAUGCUAGGAAAAAAGUUCAUAAAAAAAAAACAAAUUUUACUUCCCAAUAAUACCAUUUUCAAACUAAGCAUUUUAAAAAUUAGUCAGAUUAAAAGGAGGAAUUAUAAGAAGAUGAUUUAAUUACUGAAACUAUGAGAUCUUAUACAAGAUAUAUGAUUCAUAACAAUAUAGAAGUUAUAUUGAGAAAGAUUAGAAUAUAAGGAUUUAAAGCAAAAGAAAAAACUAAAAAGAUUAAUUUUACAAAAUGUUGA